GGCGCCACCUGCCGGCCGGAGCCUGCGCUGCAGAUGACUUGCAGUUGGUCAGAGUGAGGGGAAGUGCGGGUCUAAUCCUCGGCGCAGGGCCAUGGACAGCGUUACCGAGUGGAGAACUGCGUGAGAGGAACCACAGACGAUGCUCUUGGACAGCCAGAAUAACCAUAACAGCGGAAGCAUUCAUGGAUAUAGCUGGCACGUUUAACCAUUUGAUUCCCAGUGACCAGUUGGAAGACUCCUUACUUCUAGGACAGAACCUGGAAUGUGAAGCAAGUGAUGAGUUUACAUCUGGUCACAAUCGGCCAGAAGACUCACUCAAGAACAUGCUCAGCGACAAGGAUCCCAUGUUUGGAUCUGCUAGCACCCAGUUUCACCUCUUAGAGAACGAUGAUGCAAACUUCCAGCUUCCCAGCGCAACAGUUUCAAGCCAAGACAUGAACCCUCCAGACAUUAGCCAGACUUCUGCUGCUGAGGACGAGACUCAGUCCAGCUUUUCCCAGGGAAGGAGGAAAGCAGCUGCUCAGAUACAGAAGAAACAAACAGGGACCAGAGGGCGAGGUAGAGGUGGACCAACGAGGGGCCGAGGUCCUUGGAGAGGAGUUUCAGCUGCAACGCAGGGGAGGAAAUCUGAGAGGAGACCUGCAGAAAAGCACAACGAAGAGCCUGCUUCAAGCAGCAACUCGCUAGAUGACCGUUUCGCAGAGAAAAGGGAGGACUUGCUCAGCCGGCGAUUUAGCAUCCAUGACAUUGACCCAUCCAUGAAUCCAGUGGUUGUGCUGAGGCGAUUGACGGUCACUGUGGGGGGCUACAAAAUCGAAUUGCUACCCGGACCAUCUCACACUUCCGGAUCAUUUAACACAGGCGCUCUCGAGGCUUUGAGUUUCCAGGAUGAUUCCAUGGCAGCCGACAGCAUGGGGCUUGACUUGGGACAGAACCAGGGUUUUGAUGUGCAUUCUGCCCCAGAGGUUGUGGAAGAGCUUAAUGUUGGUGAACACAUGGCUAAUGAAAUUCCUAUGGACUUUGGGCCAUAUGUGAAUCCUAAUGAUGUUCAAGAAACCAACGGUGCCCUACCUUUCAAGCCCAGCUCAACGGAGGCAACCGCAGACACUAAAGUCAGUGAGGAAAGUGAGGCUGAGAAGCCAAGCGUCUGCAAAUCGCAGAACAAAAACGGCACGGCAGAAAAACCUGCUGCCAGAAAGCAACUGAAACCCAAGCAGCCGCUGUCUGUAACCAAAGACAAGCAUGUCCAACUUGCCAAACCUGGUGUCCUGCAAAAGGGGUCCAAACAUCUCAAACAAGAUAAAAAGGAACAGAAGGACACGGAGGAAAGUCUGCAACAUGCCAAAGGUAAGCCAGACAGCGCGAGCCUAAAACGGCCGGCUGUUUCCGUCACACCGAAACCAGCCUCCAAACUGCAAAAGGUGCAAGCAAAUCAUCCAGUGAAGCAAAAUGCCAACCCCGCCGUUCCGGCCUCUCCCACGAUAAACAGAAAGCCGUCCUCCGAUUCUAGUCCCGGCACCAAGGUCGUCGCGAAUAAAUCUCCCCACUCUGUGAAGAAACCGCAGAUUCCACCCCCAGCAGCAACCAAACCAAGCCAGCCCGAGAAGGACAGCCCAGUAGGGGAGGAGCAGGACAGGACGAAGGUCAAGAAACCAGAUAAGAUCAUGCAGAGACAGAGGAGCAGAAACAGCAGGAGCAUUUCUGUUGACGAACCAGAGCUGUUCAUCCCUGAUAAUGCUCCUGUGGUGAAGAAGGGGCCUGCAGAGGGUGAUCCUCCACCUGCUUCUGAAAACGAGACCACAUGGGAUUCUAGCAAGCAGUGCGGAUUAUGCAAGAAACCUCACAAUAAUAGGUUCAUGGUAGGCUGUGGGCGCUGCGAUGACUGGUUCCACGGUGACUGUGUGGGACUGGACCUGGCUAAAGUACAGCAGAUGGAGAAGGAUGACCAAGAGUACGUAUGUCUAAAGUGCUGUGCUGAGGAGGAUGGGAAAAGCGAGACCCAGGCAACGGACCACUCGGACAACACGUCUGCCCAAAGACAGAAACAGGCCACUGAGCCAUCUGUCACAACAGGAGGAAUCCGCCCCUUUCGGAAAGAUUCGGGGGACAGAAGACCAUCAGAUUCGGCGCCCAAAAGUGGCUCAAAUGUGAAGCACGAGUUCAAGAAGGGUAAAGUCUCUCCUGCAAGCUUAAAGAAACCAUCCACUGGACAGAUCAGAAGAAGCGUACGAGACUCGCUGGAAGAGAUUCUGCUGAAAAGGUUAAAGGACUCGGACUUGAAGAUUUCAACAGAGAAGCCAGCUGAACUGGCUAGAAGGACGGAAAAAGAGCUUUUUGCACUCUUCCAGGGUGUAGACAGCAAGUACAAGAACAAAUACAGAAGCUUGACGUUCAACCUUAAAGAUACAAAGAAUAAUGUGUUGUUCAAGCGUGUUCUCAAGGGGGAGAUUUCUCCUAGAGAUUUGGUUCGUAUGAGUGCAGAAGAACUAGCCUCCAAGGAACUGGCUGCUUGGAGACAGAGGGAGAAUCGACAUACAAUUGAAAUGAUAGAGAAAGAACAGCGAGAAGCAGAGAGACGACCGGUAACCAAAAUCACUCACAAAGGAGAGAUUGAAAUUGAGAACCAGGAACCUGCAAAAGCCCCUGAGCCCAUAGAGCCCUUGUCGGAUCCUGCCCCUAAAGCAGUUGAGAUGUCUGAGGAAAAAGCUCCAGACUCAAAGCCAGAGAGCCCCAAGAAAAUUAAAGAUACAACAAGCUUGCACAAGUCUCAUCUCUUUGACCUUCACUGCAAGAUCUGCACUGGCCGAAUGGCUCCACCUGCAGAGGAGGCCACCACCAAGGUUGUGAAAGUGGCCACAACUGUCAUUAGAAGGCAGUCCACAGCCACAGAAGGAGACAGUCAGCAGAUUACACCAAUAUCACCACCUGUAGCUCCAUCUGCAUUGGUGGAUGACUUGUCCCUGAGAGCCAUGGAAGAAGGUCUCCUAAACUCCAGUAUCUUCCCAGCCUAUGAGUCAAGGUCGGAAAGUGUGAGCAGUAAAGAAGAUACAGUUGCAUUCCUUGCCAAUUUAGAGAGCCUAUGGAAUGGGUAUGUAGACAUGCCAGCUGUAGCCAGGUUCUUGACAAAAGCUUACCCAGUUUCUGGAAUAUUGGACCACCUAAAUGAGGAUCUGCCGGACAGCAUCCAGGUUGGUGGAAGGAUCUCUCCUCACAUAGUCUGGGACUAUGUCGAGAAAAUUCGUGCCUCUGGAACAAAGGAAAUAUGUGUCAUUCGCUUCACCCCUGACACAGAAGAAGAUGAAAUAUCAUACACCUUGCUGUAUGCCUAUUUUAGUAGUCGCAGGCGAUACGGUGUUGUCGCCAACAACCGCAAACAAGUUAAAGACAUGUAUCUCAUCCCUCUCGGCUCCAGUGAAAAAAUCCCUCACCAGAUUGUCCCAUUUGAUGGCCCUGGAUUGGAGACCAACCGUCCAAACCUCCUCCUUGGACUAAUAAUUCGCCAGAGACCUAAAAGGGACUUUGGGGUUAUCCUACCAAGCGAUGCUAGUGAAGCUCCAAGUUUCCUAAAGGAGAACAAACCUCAAGUAGAUCCCGUCCAGAAAACUGGCACACCCCGAGAUGAAGAAAGAAACUUCAUUAGCAGUCUUGGUCGUAUUCACAAAAAGGACACCCCAAGCCUUAUCAAAUCCACUGCUGAGGAACCGUUGGAGUUGGAGGAUGAUGAAAAUGUCUCCUUGCGUUUUCUCCCUGGUGUGCUGACGCAGCCGAAAUCCGGGAAGACAGUGCCUGCAGGUGAUGAUGUAAAGGACACAAUAAGCAGCACCAUCAGUCAGACCUCUGCCACUGAGAGCACCACCUCAGGAAGCGUCACUCCCAAAACGCCCACCACCCCACGCCUGGAUCGUUUCAUCAUCAAGAAGAAAGAGCCCAAACCUGUCAAAACGGAGGAAGAGCCAUCUAGCUCAAGUGCAGAGAUGAGCUCGCAGGGGAAAGAGAAAGAAAGUGGAGGUACAAGUGCAGUUAUAUUAUCUCUGAAGGAUAAGCCAGGAGAUGUUUCAACAGAGACUUUCCUCUCCAGCCUGGCCGCAGCUCAGCCUAAGGUCGAAUCUAGCAGCACUGAAACAAAAAGCGAUAGUUCUGAAAGACCUAGUCAAGAAACCAAUUUGCUUCCUGCAUCUUCAUCAACUACAUCCAAAGAUUCUACCAGUGACAUCCCUGAAGUUGUUUCCAACAAUGAAAAUAUCUUAAACCCAGCUACGACUACAAAACCAACCACUUCUGGCAUUUUGAAGAAGAGCAGCAUAUCAGAUGAACCUGAUGAUGCAAAGCAGCUAGCAUUGAACACAGAACAACAUGUGGCACAACCAAACGCCAGCCAGUCUGCUCCCGCAGAACCUUUACCAGUGACCAAAUCGGCACCUCCUGAGCAAGAGUUCAAAGCAGUGGAAGAUAUCCAGACCAUCACCACUAUCUCCUCUUCAGGCAAAAAUGAAGGACUGAAGCAGUCGAGGACACGUCUUCUAAGUCCCACUCCCUUCAACUCUGCAAGCCUCGUGCCUCCCCCAGGUACCUUUCCUCCUUAUCACCAUGGAGCACCUGACCAUGCAUACCAUCCUGCACCAGUACCCAACUACCCUCCCCAGUGCAGUCCGGCACCAUUCUUACCUUUACAUCAGCAGGCUCCUGUACCAUUCGGCUUCUCUCCUGCUCCUCCUCUUCCAGUGAUGUUCCCCCAGACGGACCCUCCAAAUCAAAUGCACGCUGCUCCACCUUGGUCUCCGCCGGUCCCUCCCCAGGCUUGCUUUCCGCUCCCCAUCCCAGAAACAGUUGCCAGACCGCCGCUGUCCUACGUAACCUCAAGAUUCCCUGAUACCUCCUUGCUCUCAAAGAAGGACGAGAAGGGUGCUGAGGCAAACUACGAUGACCCAUGGGACAGGCAGUCCAGACGUUCAGAGAAGGACGAAAGAGAUCACUACGGAAAGCACCGCCAUAAGGGUCGGCACCACGAGCGGGACAAGCACAAGGCAAGGAGCCAGAGCCGGAGCCGGAGUAGGUCCAGGUCCAGGUCCAGGUCCAGGUCCAGGUCCAGAAGCAGCAGGAGUCGGAGUAGAAGUAGGAGCCGUAGCAGAAGCAGGCACAGACACAAGAGCAGGCACUCUCGUGAUGACCGACAUGGGGAGAGAAGGAAAGAGAAACACCACAGCAGCCAUCACAGGGACAGAGACAGAGAGAGGGACAAGCGCAGACGAGACUCUGAUCAUGAAAAACACCGGAGAGACUCAAGAGACUCACGAGAGGGGCACUCAUGAUCUCCAUACUCAACCCUGGUGCAUCUGAUCAACACCACUGACCUGAGACAUGCUCCUUUUGUAUUUUACUACAGUUAUUUAUAACAUUCAGAAGCAGCUUUUAUAAGAGUGAAUGAUUUUAGGUUUUAGUUGGUUCAUGUUUUGAAUUCAGAAGUGUGGCUUUUUUUUUUCUUCUGUAAAGGCUAAUGUACAUGACGACAUGGCCAUAAGAGCAGGCGCGCAUGUACUGAUCACAAGAAAUUGGAAUCGAUAACUACUGUUGAAACAAAAAAUAAUCCCAAGAGCAAAACAUGUCCUGGUUUUUUGUCUGCCUUUUUAUCAGGGUAUUUUUUUUGUUUUGUUUUUGUUUUUUAAAGUCCCUUAAAUAUUUUCUAUUUGUGUCAAAUGACAUUUGUCUUUGUACAUUUUGGCUUGUCGAACAUUAUAGAUACCGUGUGCCUUCUGCACAUUGUGUUUAUGUACAGUUCCUAAAAUACUUUUUAUUGUUGAUAGAAAAAGAUAAUAAAACCUUUUGUUAAUUAAA